ACAUCUUGCGGCAAAGGAAAGCAAUGUAAAGUUUCGCCGUGAUGCAAAGCUGACUGUGUGUCAGUGAUUCUGCGUACGUGUAUGCAUGCUUGUUCGUUGACCAGAGGUCAAGGAUGAUUUUUUUUUUGUGGGUGGACACUUAUCGAAAGUACACUUACAGUAUAAGAUAAAACAUCAAACGUCAUUAAAGAAUCAAUCCUGGCAAGGUGUGAACUCUGAUGUCUGCAUCUGCAUACAGUGUGAAAAAGUUACAGGUUUUUAGGACAUAACAUCAUAAACAUAAGGCUUCUUGUCUUCGGGUCACCAUGGGAGAUUGGGGAUUCCUCUCAAAACUUUUAGAUAAAGUGCAGUCUCACUCAACAUAUGUCGGGAAAGUGUGGCUGACGGUUCUGCUGAUCUUCAGAAUAAUGGUUCUCGGUGCCGGACUGGAUAAAGUCUGGGGAGAUGAGCAGUCCAGUAUGGUCUGCAACAUCAAGACACCCGGUUGCUUAAACUCAUGCUUCGAUCAUGCCUUCCCGAUUUCCCACAUGCGAUUCUGGGUUCUCCAAAUCAUCUUUGUGGCCACGCCAAGUAUGAUUUACCUCGGCUACGUUUUGCACAUCAUCCACAAAGAAAACAAACUACGGCAGAAUUUGCAAAACAUGCCGGAUGUGAAAGACAAAGACAAACUGCCAAAAUACACGGCAGAUAACGGGAAGGUUUAUUACAAAGGAAGUCUGCUUUGUUGUUAUAUGCUGAGCCUUUUUGUGACCAUUUUGUUUGAAGCAGGUUUCAUUGUGGGCCAGUAUUUUUUGAUCGGACUUCAGAUGCCCAAACAGUUUGAAUGUAAAAACUCACAAUGCCCUAAUACUGGUCUGCAUUGUUUUACAUCCCGACCAACAGAAAAGACCAUCUUUAUUAUCUUCAUGCUGGUUAUGUCGUGCAUAUCUAUAUUUUUAAAUGUAGGAGAGAUAUUUUAUCUGGUGGGUUACAGUGGCAAGUACAGAAGAAAUCCACCUCAGGUUAAUACAUUUACUGAGGCGUAUUGUUGAAAGAGAUGCACAGUUUGGCUUUUAUUGUAGGAAAUUUGAUCAUACAGCACAUUAGAUCAUUAGAUGCUUUGUAAUGCACUUUUAGUUUAUUGUAAAUAAGCACUUUGUAAUGAUUUGAAGAAUUCAAAGAUAUGACAAAUAAACACAAUCUCAGUUAUAUCUCA